AUGGCGGCUUAUGUUUGGGCUGUCGAAGAUGGGUUAGUAAUUUGGCGAAAUAUUCCAUUCUUUUGAGCUUUUUUGUGCACAAUAACGAUAAACAAUUAUUCGUGGAAGUCGGUUUCACAUGUGCACACUGUGAUUGCAGCUAAGGUGACCAGAUUUUCCAUUUGCAACUAAAAACCUGGCGGGAAGAAAGCAAGUGAUCGAAUUGAGGCAACAUGGCGUCUACAUUGAACGAGGAAAGUGUUGAGAAGAAGCUUCAAAACGUCACCAACACUCAAGACAGCAUCCAGACACUAUCAUUGUGGAUCAUUCACCACAAAGCUCACCACAAGAAAAUUGUCAGGCUGUGGUUCAAAGUUUUACGGAAAGCCAAAAUACCCCAGAGACUGACCCUAUUUUAUCUGUGCAAUGAUGUGGUCCAGCAUGGGAGAAAGAAAGCAACAGUUUAUCUGGAAAGUUUUAAAAAUAUACUGAAGGAUGCUGUUAUGUUUGUACGAGAUUCAUCCAUUCGACCAUCAAUUCUGAGGAUAUUCACCAUUUGGGAGCAGAGAAAUGUGUUUAGAGGAUCAUUCCUAGAGGAGCUGAGAUCCUUGGUGAGCACAGAAAAGACUGCAACACCCCCAGAUGAGAGAGAGAAGGAGAAAGAGAAAGUCAAAGUCAAAGUCACAGAAGAACCAGCUAAACCCAAAGUUGAAGUUGAUCAAAAGAUUUUGGCAGAAUUUAAGCCCCAAAAAUUAUUUGAUAAAUUGAGGAGUUUCAAGCGGUUUGAAGCAGAGGUGGAGCUGAGGUCAAAACAACUGUCUCAUCUACGAUUGGAUGCCUCUAGUAUUGAAGCUGUCAAACAGCUGAAAGACCGAGCUCAUGGCAAUGAAUUCUCUAAGCAGUUUGAGGACUCUUGUGUGAAGCUGGAAGAGUUUGUUGGGAGCUUUGAGAAAGGCGUUCACGACCGCAAGGCUCUGAUCACAGCCCUAGAGGAAGGGGAGCUCUUCUACCAAGCUCAGUUUGGGGAGGCAAGGAUAGUGGCUAAUGCCUAUAAGAUCUUUGGUACAAAGUUGAACAAUCUGAAGAAGAAGCUAGAUGAACUGAAGAAGACAUUACCUGAGCCAGCAAGUCCUGUGCCUUCUCCGUCAGUGGAUGCCCCGUCCCCGGGCAGCACCCCGCAGUACGAGCCAGACACAGAGGCUGUUGACAUGGAGAUGUCAGAUGAUGAUGCACCCAUACACCCUAGCCCCUCACAUCCAGCUGGUCAUAAGCGUCAGGACAGCACGACCACAACUAAGUCUAUUCCCCAGCCCAUACCCAGUGUGACGGAAAUUAGGAUGAAAAUCCAAGCGAGGAGAGAGAGUCAGAAAAGCAGCCCAGAAACGACAUCUACAAGGAGAAAGUCCAUAGAAUCAACACCUCCCAAACACUCCACUAAGUCUGAAAAGACGCCUGUAGAGAGUUCUGGAAACAACCUUGAAGACAGAAUUGCCAACAUGUUGCCCAGCCUUCCCAUUGGGCAUGGCAAAGAGGCGGAAAAGAGUUCUCCUGGGAAAGACAGCUCACACUGGAAUGGCAGGCAGCAAAGGUCAUCAGAUGUCCGCUCUGGCCAGAGGCAAGGGGCCUUCGCUCCUCCUCCGCUGGAAGGCCCAGAAGAUGGUGGAGGGACUCCGCUUAAAGACGAGGGCAGUUCCACACCCGUCCAGGACGAGGCCCCUGAACCACAACCGUCCAACCCCAUAGACUUUCUCACAAAGCUGAUUUCCCAGACGCAGAAGACAAACCCCCACAGCUCUAACUUCCUGCAGAAUCUAGGAAUCUUGGCAAACACAAUGAAGCACAAAACGGACAAGCAGAAAGAUACUCCAGAAUCAGAGAAAGAGACUCCCUCCUCCACUAAGACUCCUCCGCAGUCCUGGUCGGCAUGGAAGGCCAAGCAGACUCAGGACAAGACCCAUGUGAAUGGCCAAGAGGUGCCACCCCAGCCACUCUUCCCCCCACUCCCAGUGCCACCCCCUUCUCAGCCGCCACCAAUCUCUCCAUCGGGAAGGAUUGGUGCAUACGGGACCUCUUCAGACCCCCAGUUAACACCUCCAAGUGUCCCCGUUGGGCCUCCGUCACCUAACAUUCCUGGCCUGCCCAAUGUGUCAAUACCACCUCCGUGGUUGCCUCUUAGCCAACCUCCCCCUCCCCCACACAUCUCCCCACACCCUCCUUCCCCGUCUGUUUUACCUGGAGGAGCUCCACAAGACUUUAGCGCUAUGGGGAAUAUACCUAUGCCUGUUCAACCCCCAGACUUCCUGUCCCAAGCCAAUUUAGAAGAUGUUCCGCCAGGUCCUAGAUCAGGCUGGGAACAACCAGCAUCAGGAGUGGAUCUCCUCUCCCCACCUCCUGCCGCACCCCAACCCCCGCCCAAGAGUAUUCUGCGGAACUCUGCACGAAACAGUGCCCUUAGGGAAGUCAAGUUAGUGCCAUCAGGUUCAGAAGAUGAACCUUCCUCAAGUCAUGUUUCUCAGAUUCCCAUCAUUGGAGCCGUGCGUUCACGAUCGUCAUCGGGAUCCUCUCAGCCGACCAGCCCAAUCGGUGAGAAACCUCCAUCUGGUCCAAAACCUCCUCCUCAUCCUCCUGGACAGAUUGCAGCAGCAGGAAGGCGCUCAUCACUGAUAGAAGACCAGAAGGAGUUCAUUGAGAAACUGAAGAGAAAGACAUCUGUGACUGUGGAUGGGGAGCCUCCCCAGCCGCUACCCAAACCACAAAUCUUCUCUCGCAAUCCCAGCAGGCCAAAUCUGACCACCAUCAUACUGACUGGGGAGCCAGAGGGGGAAACAUCGGCAGGUAGCGAGGAAACGAGAGAAAAUGUGCUGCUCACAAAAGACGAGGAGGAACCCAAAGGUGCCCCGAUUAGCACGAUUAAUAGGUCCCAGCCAUUACCCAGAUUUCCUGUCGAUCCUGUAGAUAGACCAGGUUCACGUGAUCGCAGGCCCGGAUAUGGACAGUCAUUAGAACCACGAGCUGGUGCAUUGCCAAGAAGGUUUGACUAUAGAGACAGAGAAAGAGAGGUUUAUCGAGACAGAAGGGAUGAGUAUUUGCCACGGAGGCAUGACAUACCUCCCCCUGAUAGAUACUUGGAUGGUUAUAGUGACCCGUAUUACUUACCACGUGACCCCUACAGCCACCCUACGCCCCCAAAGAGACCUUACCCUGACCCCUAUUAUGGGCACCCUAGAUCAUAUUAUCCCCCUCGUUACUAAAAUGAGGGAGUGCUCGGACUUCAUACCUUUAUGACAUCACUUGUAAUUGUACAUAUUAGUUCGAAAUUUAACCAUUUUAUUGUUUACUAAGAAAUUGAAUUGGUUCGGAAGUAUUGUGUUCGAUUUUAAAGGGGUCUUUUUUCUGUAUAUGACAAUAAGGGGAAGAUAAUAGUCAUUGCUUUCUGCAUCACUACAACUUUAGCACAAUGUGACAAUUUUGUGUCAGUUUAUUUGCAAAACUUUCUAUACUGUAUCAAAAUGACUGACGGUGACAUCAAAGUAUUUCCUAGGAUGUUUGCUGGCUGUGGUGAUUAAUUUUUUAACGUUGUCUUCUUGGGGUAUACCACAAUCAUGAUUGUAUGAUUGCAAUAAACUUAUUGCUGAGGCAAGUGCUUUUGAGGAA